UUGCAAAGAGUUUGAAAUUAGAUUGCACUGGGAGUUGGGAAGAAGCUGAGCUUGGAAUACAGUUUAUACUGACUCUGGGUCCCAAGGGCUAAGGUAUUGCCGUGUUGUGCAGUGAGAAAAGGAAGAACUUGAAGUUUCCCUACGCCUGAGCCAUUGCCUUAAGAGAAGUGCCUGCUGGGAGUUUCAGACGACUUUCCUUGCCGCUGCCAUAACAACACAUCACAAUGGAGCGAUCCACACAAGAGCUGUUCCUUAACUUCAUGAUUGUGCUAAUUACCGUGUUGCUGAUGUGGCUGCUUGUGAAAUCAUACCAGGAAUAAGGGACUCAAUGCCACCACCAUGGAUUCAACAGCUUUGCCUUGAUUUUAGAAUGUGAACCCACACAUAUAUCGCCCUCCCCAUCUUCAGUCUUCCACCCCAUAAAUAGCCCCAUGAUGCAUGUGUGGGUACAGAUGCCAUCUGGAGAAGAAAAUGCAGCUGAUUUUGUAUUCCCAUCUAGACAACUCCGGGGAGGGCUAACUAAACAGCUCCCAAUUCAGUGAACUGUGGUAUGUGUAUGAAUGUCCUCACCAAGUUAAUUUCCCCUAACAGUAUUUCAUCAUAGCACUGCACUGUACAGUAAUGAGCUACAUUGCAAAACCAAUAUGCAACAAAUACCUUGUAUGGGCACAUCUGCAUAACACUAAAACUCUUCAUCAUAAGAUAGUAGGGGACAACUGCAUUACCACAUACACGUAUCACAGCUCUUAAACAAUGGGUCAUGCAAAAUUCUAUAUGUUCACCAUGUUCACCUGCUUAUAGUUUUUAUAUAUAAAGUAUAACAAUUGUUUGGAAUCUGUGCAUCCUCAAUCAGACCUAUCAAAUGACACACUGAUAUUACUAUUUGCUUUACAAUUAUAUUUUCUCCUUUAUCUUUGCUUAACAAUCUGCAUUAUAAAUAACUUCUACAAGAUAUCACAAUGCAUGAAGCAACCUGUGCAGCUGUUACUCAGAAUGUUUUUAUAUCCUGUGAAUACUAAUUAUUUAGUAUUGUUGCUCUGAUGUAAUUAUGUGUUUUAUGUUACAAAAGUUGUACAAGUAAUAUAUUUCAAAGGAAAUAUAAUUUUAAUAACGAUGUUGCUCCUUGGAAAAUAAAAAAAUGUGUUGUCACCACAA